UCGCCCGGGCGUUAAUUUUACCGAAAUUUUACCCUGUUUAUUGAAGAAUAUGACUGGUACAAUUGCAAGGCAGUGAAAAUUUCUGCUGCUAUGUCAUUCUCUGGAUUGAAAACGAUUAUCCCUCUCUAACACCAUAACGACACUUUUCAAGUAACCGAGCUGCAUGUGAUAUAAAACCGGUUAUCCAGAAAUGGGAGUAAGUCGGCUGUGGCUGAUCGACCGAGAUGGACGAGUGUUCAUAUUUGACCUACGGGACAAGUCUUGGCGUUAUAUAACAACUCCUAAACUUGGAUCAAGGAAUUUUUUUAAGCGUGUUUCAGCAGUGGAGCAGUGUGCAUGGGCAAUCAGUGCCAGUCAACAGCCUUAUUUGUUUGUUCACGCAACUGAACUUCCUAUCAGAGUGAAGGUGGAAACAUAUGAGAAUCAGCGCUGGGGAAUUCUUAAUAAAUGGUCGCAUAAAUCGAUGUUCCCCUCUGAUCGAUGGCAAUUUAGCAGUAAAGAUGGAAAGCGGUCUCUCCCAAAGGAAUCAUUUAAGUUGCCAUCAGUAGAAUGGAUAUGGGAAGGAGACUGGUACAUUGAUCGUGGUCUUGAUGGCGAUAGUGAUGGUUGGCAAUAUGCUCUUGAUUUUCCAAGAACCUAUCAUCCACAACAGAGUACAACAUCUUGUGUAAGAAGGCGAUUGUGGUCAAGAUAUUACAGAUUUGAUGGCUAUGACCGCUGGAUUAAGGUUCCUGGUUUAAGUGAAGACCCAGGAAAGGAUCCCCUCCAAGACAUUGCUGUUGGUGGCGCAGUUAUUCCCGGAAGAGAUCCUGGUUAUCUGGCAGUCUGGGCAGUUACGUUUCAGGGAAAGGUUAUUUACCGUUCUGGGGUGUCUGACAAAUGUCCUGAAGGUGAAAAGUGGAUAGUGGUCCCUUCCCCCCAAAUCAGCAUCACACAGCUGUCUGUGAGCCCGUCAGGAGUGGUGUGGGGAGUAACAUGGGAAGGAGUGGCUGUGGUUCGGGUUGGAGUCUCUUUCUAUGAACCAACUGGAACAGCUUGGCAAAAAGUGGCAUCCCCAGAUGCAGCACCAGAACUGGAACCAUGUCAUCUUUUACAAGUAUCUGCUGGACUGAGCUGUCUGUGGGCCUUAACCAAAGAUGGCCAGGUUUGGUUUAGAAAAGGUUUGUCAAGAGCAAGUGAUAGCGAAACUACUGUGACUGGGUCCAGAUGGGUGCAAAUGGUUGGAAAAUUUUCCCUAAUUACUGUUGGUUUAAAUGACCAGGUCUUUGCUCUCAGUACUCUGGGGGACCACAUUUAUUUUCGCACAGAUGUGACGUCUGACGAACUUGUGGGAAGGACAUGGAAGGUCGUGCACAUGAACAAGCCCCUAAUAUCAUGCAGCGAAGCCACCAGCCUAGAUACAGUCAGCUCUGACGGCAGCAGCUCUGACGGCAGCAGCUCAGCUGAAAAUAGUGAAAGUGUCUUCACUGAGUCUGAUGACAGCUUCAGUCUCGCCAAUCCAUCUAACCUUCCGUCCAACAUCGAAUUUUUGACUUGGCUCAGCAGUGGAGCUUGUGAGGUGGACUCUUCGAUAUUCACCGAGAUAAGUGGCAGUCUGGUUUCCUCGGCCAGCAGCAUGAAUCUAAGUUUAAGUAGUAGGAAUGCCGCCUGGAGGAAGAGCGUAAUAAAGCGACUGCGGGAAAGAGACAACAAGGAAACAGGGCACUACAACAAGUACGAAGAAGGUAUCUCACAGGGUGAAUGGUGUAAAAAGGCUCGUUUCCAGAUGCUGUCCGCUGCAGAUUCCAACCUGUGGUACGAGUGUAUGGUGAAACUCGACCAAGGAACCGAGGGACGGCCAGAUGCUUUGCAUUGCUACUAUGAGAAAAAUUCUCAGUAUGAAGAAAUGCGGAUUCCUUUGCGAGACAUUAAAUGUGUAUGUACUACUCACAAAAUGUCGCGGAAUAACUGUUUCGCUGUACACACGCCUUUAAGAACUCAAGAACGAAACCCUCUGGUGAUCUAUACCGGAUCUGAAAAAGAACUCAUUGACUGGGUCACAACACUGGCCAGUGCUGCCUCACGGGUACAUAACUGCGAGGGGUCCCCUUCAUCAAGGGCCAUCUGGACCACAUCUCUUUGCGGUGACGUUUUCUUUUGCGAGCCGCCUCCACCAGAAACUGAGAUGCAACCAGCUCAAUUAUUUUGGCGGCAAGUUGGCGGACAUAUGCGUAAAGUAGAAGCCGGUGUGUCUGGAGUAGUGUGGGCAAUUGGUUUUGAUGGAAUGCCUUAUUACUACUCUGGGGGAUAUGGUGGAGGUAUUUUUAGUGGUUUUGACAGCAGUAUGUCUGGAAUUUACCAACAGGAGGAUUACGACUGGCAUUAUAUUUAUGAGAAUCAGAGAUGGAACCCUUUGGAAGGAUACUCUGAUAGGCGCCUUCCAAGUGACCGGUGGAACUGGAGUGAUGAGAGCGGAGUGUAUGAACGUACAAGGGAGGGGUACGUGCUUCCAUCUAGUCAGUGGCAGUGGACUGAGGAGUGGACAGUAGAGACCAAACCAAACAUUACAGAUAAGGAUGGCUGGCAGUAUGCUGUAGACUUUCCAAGGGUCUAUCGUCGAGAGCGUGGCUGGAAUGACUAUGUAAGGCGGAGACGAUGGAAAAGACGAUGUAAACUGACCACUACUGGGCCAUGGAUCCAAGUGACGCCUCAAGUCAGAUUACGUGACGUAUCGAUUCAAACUGAUUCACUGGAUGGUUCCAUAGCGGUGUGGACGGUUGGGACAAAAGGUGAUGUCUUAUAUCGACAUGGAGUGGCCGAGGAUUGUCCGCAGGGGUCCUCUUGGGAGCACAUUUUGACGGACCUGCCAUUUAUCAGUAUCUCCGUGGGCAGUAAAAGACGCGUUUGGGGGAUAGCUGAGAAUGGUACGGCCUACUUCAGAGCAGGCUUCGGAGAAAAUAAGAUUACAGGUAGUAGAUGGUUCCACAUAAGUGAGAGGCCUCCCCAUUUGUAUCAAGUUUCCGCUGGAAAGACUUCAGUGUGGGCUCGUGAGAAGGAUGGUACGUGUUGGUAUCGACUGAACAUCACCGACACCUACCCAGAGGGCACUACCUGGCGGUCACAGCAGUUCCGUGUGGAGGCACUUUCUGUCGGAGCAAGUAACCAGGUCUGGAUGAUCAACCGCAAAUCCAUUGAACAGCGCUUCAGAGUGACACCAACUGACCCUCUAGGGAAGGGAUGGGAAGUUGUUUUAUCAGACUGUUGGCGAUGGAUCAGUGUUAGGGGCGCCAGUGGAACCUCUGACGUUGUAGACGAGGGAGAAGAUGUUGUGGAGGAAGUAGAAUUUCUUGACUCGCAACCUAACAGUUUGCUAUCAAAGCUUGAUCUCAGCGAGGUUGAUAUCUACAGUAUGUACGGUCAAAAGGACGCCGAAUUAACACCUGGCAGCGAAGAGGAUGAAGAUGGAGAGUGAGAGGAAGAGAGGAAAAAAGAGAGAAGAAAUAUAUUAAGCUAUUCUCAGUAUUUCGUGAAGGAUGGUUUCGUUAGGAAGGUCUGCAAGUUUUGUCAAGGGGAAUCAUGUUGAUACUGCCACCCUUGGCUUAAGCUAGUAAUAGGGCUGGAAAAAGAAACGGGACUGGUAUUUCACAACAAUAUGUGCAUCACACUAACGAUCUGAUGGUAUUGCAGCGAAUAUGAAUCACUACUUCCAUGACAAUGGAAAAGGGAAGAGAUGCCAUUGUUGUUUAGUACAGUCGGUAAACUUGACAAGAUCAUCUUAUUGCUUCGUCCUUACAGUUAGAAGUGAACGCAAGGAGUAUAAGUGGUUAGGAUUCUGCUUUGGAUCGAUUGGUGACUGUUACUGACCAACGGUUUCUCAAGGUUCGACAUUGGUCUCUUAAAAGGAUACACUUGUAUCUCAGGUUCAUUGAAAAGUUCUUUGCUUUACAUGUCCGUGAAAGAAAUUUAUUUUAUAGCUAACAUGCACCUCAAGGAUAAAGCUGAAAAACUCUUUAGGCUAGUGUAAAAUGAUGAAGCCGAGGGUGGUUAAAUGCAAACUCGUGUGAGUGCUGUUUUGAUUUUUGUAGGAACUUUUUUUCUAUACUUAUUCAUAUCUAUAUUUUCCUAAACGCUGUUUGCAAUUGAAAUUUCGGUAUCAUGAGUAAAUCCGAGGCUACUUUCCUUGAACGAAAUCCCAAAUGUGGAUAGUAUCGUCAUUAGAUAAUUUAGGUAUCGUUAUUUUGAAAAGAGGUAACAAAUUCCCAAAAGUCGUUUUGAAAUUAGACAUAGGUUAUAUCAGGAAUAGAUUUACUGAUUUAGUCUGAAUAAGUAUUUUUAUAAAGUUAUAGCGAUAUGUAUAAGUGCAGCCAUUUUCUUCGUUUGAACUACGUUUAGAUAAUGCAGAAUAAAAGCCUGAAAAAAGCCGUGUCAAAGCCUGAA